CUGCUUUUCUGUCGAGGACGAAAGUAUUCGGUCUCUGCUUUUACCCAGAAGCCGUCGAUCAUUCCUUCUCCAAGCGCUGCGUUUACGUCGUUCCCCGAGUUCAAGGUUAGUUUGAGGAAUGGAAGAAGGGGUUCUGAGAGUGAUGGAGAAGCCAAACGAGAAGCAAAUACUUUUAUUCUAUUGCAUGGAGUCAGAGGACCUUGCUCGCAAAGUGGCUGAACAAUCCCCCCUUAUUCAGCUUCAAUCCAUUAACUGGAGGAGUUUUGAUGAUGGAUUCCCCAAUCUAUUCAUAAACAAUGCACAAUAUAUCCGGGGCCAACAUGUUGCCUUUUUGGCAUCCUUCAGCUCUCCAGCAGUCAUCUUUGAACAGCUUUCUGUCAUAUUUGCCCUUCCAAGACUGUUUGUUGCUUCGUUCACAUUGGUUUUACCCUUCUUCCCAACUGGCUCCUUUGAGCGAAUGGAAGAGGAAGGGGAUGUAGCUACUGCAUUCACCAUGGCAAGGAUAUUGUCAAAUAUUCCGAUAUCAAGGGGAGGUCCAACCAGUCUAGUCAUCUAUGAUAUACAUGCUUUGCAGGAAAGAUUUUAUUUUAGUGACCAUGUUUUGCCUCUAUUUGAAACUGGGAUUCCUCUGUUGAAGCAACGUCUUCACCAGCUUCCUGAUACUGACAAUGUAGUUGUUGCAUUUCCAGAUGAUGGAGCUUGGAAGCGAUUCCACAAGCUGUUGGAUCAUUUCCCGAUGGUGGUGUGCGCUAAGGUCCGUGAAGGCAAUAAGAGGAUAGUUCGACUUAAGGAGGGCAAUCCUGCUGGCUGUCAUGUAGUUAUUGUUGAUGAUUUGGUGCAAUCAGGAGGCACCCUUAUCGAGUGUCAGAAAGUUUUGGCAGCUCAUGGUGCUUCCAAGGUGAGUGCUUAUGUCACUCAUUCUGUGUUUCCUAAGCGAUCCUGGGAGCGAUUCAUUCACAAAAACGAUGGUUCGGAGAAGGCAUUUACCUACUUUUGGACCACGGAUUCUUGCCCUCUCACUGUGAAAGCAAUAGGAAAUAGAGCUCCUUUUGAGAUUUUGAGUCUUGCAGGAUCCAUUGCAGAAGCUCUUCAAAUCUGAAAUGCAAUUUGAUGGGGUUUCUAUUCUGGAAGUCCCAUAGUAAAUUGCAUGGGGUUCAGAUGCUAACAGGAAACCUGUAACUUAAAGAAGCCCUUUUCAUGGAUCUUAUCCUUCAAUAAACUUGGACUGCUUAACCCUGCUCCCGAGAGAGACUUAAAUACUUGACUUACUAAUAAGUUAACCAAAAUUUUCAGCAACUUAAUUUAAAAUGUUUGCCUGCUGUGUCAA